CACAGAGAUAGACGGAAGUCAAAUUGAUUUUAGCUUCGAUAAACAGUACAGUUCAGUCCAUACAGCUGCUGGGCGACCUGCAAAUAGGAGAUUCUCGAGUAAAGGUAUUAGUAUUUCUUAGGGUCCUGUGAACAGCAAACAACUGAACCAUCAUGAGCAACUAUAGUGCUUCCUUGGCUGGCCCAGGUCCCUGGGGUUUUAGGCUUCAAGGUGGUAAAGAUUUCAAUAUGCCACUCACUGUCUCCAGGUUAACUGAAGGAGGAAAGGCAGCCUUGGCAAACAUUGCUGUUGGAGAUGUGGUUCUUGCAAUCGAUGGAAUCAGCUCUGAAACAAUGACUCACCUUGAAGCCCAGAACAAAAUCAAAUCUUGUACCGGAUCAUUGAGCAUGACUUUACAAAAAGCUUCAAAUGUUCUCAAGGCAACUGUAAUGCCUCAGGAAAAGCCUAGAGCACAAUGCAUUAAAAACCAGGAUACCACGGUGGCAAAUGGUCCACAAAGUAUUCUAAAGAAAAACCCUCCCAGAAGAGCACCACGUAAGCCCAUCAUUGAGACAGACAUUCAAUUUUACCAUGUUCCUUCACAUGGAGAUGCAAGCAAGAAACGUCUGAUAGAGGACACUGAAGACUGGCGUCCAAGAACAGGAACCUCCCAGUCACGCUCCUUCCGCAUCCUUGCUCAGAUUACUGGCACUGAACGGAUGCAAGAGCCUGUUUCUGAUACUGGGAAAAAGACAAAUGAGGUUGCAGAACACAUUGAGCCUAGUCCUCAUGUCUCAUCAUCAGUAAAAACCAUGACCAAGAACACCUCCGGUACUUCAAAGGGUACUACUUCUAAUGUAGCUUCUGCAACUCCAUUUAAACCCACAGGAACCUUUAGUACUAUUAAACCUCCUAUACAGCAAACUGGAACUGUAUCAGCUUCUGUUUUGUCAAAGGCCACUCCAAGUACUGGUUAUGUAACUUCAACUACUCUUCAAAACACAAAGGUACCAGAAUCUGAUCACACAUUAUCCUUAAAUGCUUCCCAAAAAGAUGCAGAUACACUGGUGCAAAGAGCAGAGCACAUACCUGCUGGUACUCGUACUCCAAUGUGUGGAAACUGCAAUAAAGUCAUAAGAGGUCCAUUUCUUUUGGCGUUGGGAAAAUCUUGGCAUCCAGAGGAAUUCAACUGUGCCCAUUGUAAAACCUCCUUGGCAGAUAUUGGUUUUGUUGAAGAAAAAGGUUCGGUCUAUUGUGAACACUGCUAUGAACAGUUUUUUGCCCCUACUUGUGGCCAUUGCCAGAGGAAGAUUCUUGGGGAGGUAAUCAACGCUUUAAAGCAGACAUGGCAUGUUUAUUGUUUCCUGUGUGCAGCUUGUCAUCAACCAAUUCGCAACAAUGUGUUUCACUUGGAGGAUGGUGAGCCAUACUGUGAAAAAGAUUAUUACAAUUUAUUUGGCACUAACUGUCAUGGAUGUGACUUCCCAAUUGAAGCUGGAGACAAGUUUUUGGAAGCUUUAGGAUACACUUGGCAUGACACUUGUUUUGUAUGUUCAGUGUGCUCUACAAAUCUAGAAGGCCAAGCUUUCUUCUCAAAAAAGGAUAAGCCGUUGUGCAAGAAGCAUGCCCAUGUGGUGCAGUUUUAAAAAUGAUACAUGCAAAGUUCAAAAGUGCAAGAUGAUGAAAAAAAGGUUUUAGUAAUUAAUAUUCGAGUAAUGGAAAUUUUGGGGCUUGUCCUUCUUACACAUAGUUUGCUGUGGUACUGUGUUUUGGGUUUCUUGAGGACUGUCUAGUUUUCUUCUGAUAAUGAGUACAUUUUCUCAUUUUUUCAUGCAUAACUUGAAUAGAGUGUUACUAUGUUUUCAACAAACUGAUUCUCUGUGCUACUUUGUGUUACAGAAUAAUUUUAGAAAUAUUUUAGUUCAGAUUUUGUUUCUUAAUUAGUUCUACAGAGGCAGAUCUUUCCCUCUACAACAACAUAUAAUGCUAAAAUAUUUUAUUACAUAUACAUUUUAUAUGAAAUUUGACAUUUUAAGGGAGCAUAAAUUUGAGGUUAAUUGCAAUUUAUAGAUGCCUUUUACCAUUUAUUUUUGUAGCAUACAGUUAAAUUGGAUACUUGUAAUGAAUUGGAUAUUUUUCUGAUCUUUGCCAGAAAUAACUGUAUUAAAGGAUAAUUCAUAUUGAGGCUAAGUGAACCUUGCCAAAAAAUAAAACUAACUAAAGUAAAUGUUGUGAAAUAAUAGAUUAAUUUAAAAAAAGUCACAUAGUAGAAACCCCAUUUGAAGCAGUUAUUGUAAGAGCAAACUUUCUACUGUACAAUAUAUUUUAGCUAUUCAGUCAUAUGCCAUUAAACUACAACAUUAUUGUAUAUUUUGUAAUAAUUAAAGUUAAGAAUACAUUUCAUUGCUUAAAAUGUAUGCCUUGUAGAUGAUCAAUUAAUGAAAAAUGCAUAAAUCCUUUCUACCUUUGCACACUUUUGUCUUUUCUUUUACCUGAAGAUGUAUCACAUCAGGCAUUUAAUAUAUUUUGCUUUUAAACAGGUUCUUUGUAAAUGUUAAAACAGUGCAGAAGGCAACCAGGAAUGCCUUUUGAGGACUUGUUCACUAUACUUAUGGUGUGUUUGCUAUGCAUCUUUCUACUGCUUUUCUGCAGCAGCAGCCCAGAUGGAUUAUGAAUUGAUAAAUGUCUUUGAAUCGGACAUC